CUUUCAAACAUUCUCUUCAUUGCUUUGCUGAUAAUUUUCUACUGGCAUUUAUUGCAGUGUAAUUAUUUAGCAUUUCAAAAUGGGAGCAAACUUUUCUUGUGUUAAUUGUCGUGCGCAUGAUUCUGACAGUGUGGACAAUUUACACGUAAAGGAGAACGGCAAGAGGAGGAAGGCAAAAACCAUCAAGACCAGCUCCAGUCAAGAUCAGACUUCUCAGCUUGUUCCCCGUACCAUUGAGGCUGAAAUCCUCAGCGUUGCAGAGGAACCAGGUCAUGCUGAAGUCGAUGACGAGUGGAGUGAAGACGCCUUCCAGGACUUAGUGGGAGAUUCGUCAGAAUGGUCUGCCGACGUCCUCAACGCUUUGAGCUCUGUCUCGAUUCUUGACGUCCUCCAACCUACAGCCUGUGCCACAUCUGACUAUGGAGUUCCUGUCCUAGAUGUGGCCACCUAUAGAGCCAACGUCCGUCGAGUUCCAGCCCGACAUGUGGCAGACUCCAGUGUGGACGUCCCCCAGGCCCCAGUCAGCACCACAUCAGCUCCAGGAUUGGAAACGGCUGACUGUUGUGUUGAUGUUCCAGUCUGUGCCACGUCAGACUGGGAAGAUGAUGGCCCUCCAGACUGGGAAGAUGAUGGCCCCCCAGUUCCAGACUGUGCCUCAUCAGACUGGGAAGAUGAUGGCCCUCCAGACUGGGAAGAUGAUGGCCCCCCAGUUCCAGACUGUGCCUCAUCAGUCUGGGAAGAUGAUGGCUCCCCAGUUCCAGACUGUGCCACGUCAGUCUGGGAAGAUGAUGGCCCCCAUGUCGCACCGACAGUAGACACUGUCUCUGAGAAUGAGAUUAUCUACGUCGGUUGCUGGAGCUAUAAAGUCGGCAGGAAGCUCGGGGAAGGAGGAUUUGGAAGCGUUUACGCCGGGACUCGCUUGAAGGAUGGCCUCAAGGUGGCGCUGAAAUUCGCUGAUACCGAGGGUAUUGAGUGGAUCAACAUUGAGGAUAAUCCUGAACCCGUUCCUCUGGAGAUCGGUCUGCAAAUUCUCGCCAACAAAGGCCCCAGGGUUCCCCAGAUCAUCCAGCUUCUGGACUGGGACGAAGAGCCAAAUCGGUACAUCAUGGUUCUGGAGUUCCCUACACCCUGCGAGAGCCUGAUCGAAUAUCUGGACCGGCACGACUACUACAUCGACGAGAACGUGGCAAAGGUCAUCAUGCAUCAGGCAGCAGUCGCGGCUCAAACAUGCUGCCAACGUGGAGUGUUGCAUCGCGACAUAAAACUGGAAAACCUCCUGAUCAACCCGGAGACGCUGGAUGUCAAGUUGAUUGACUUUGGAUGCGGAGAAAUCCUGACCGAUGCGGGAUACACGUCCUUUGCUGGCACCGAAGAGUACUGCCCCCCUGAAUAUGAAUCAUACGGCUUUUAUCACGGCAAACCAGCGACAGUGUGGUCACUCGGGGUCCUGAUGUUUACACUGGUGUGUGGAGAAUUUCCAUCUUCAGAAGACUUGGAUAUGCUAAAUGACAACAUCUGGACAAGAGAUGGCGUAUCACAAGAAUGCUGCAAAUUACUUUGCUCUCUCCUGCAAAGGAACCCAGCGAAGCGGCUUGAUUUGGAUGUUGUCUGUCUCCACAAGUGGUUUAAGUACUUCGAAUAUAGAUUUUAUGAAGAAAGAUCUGAAGACCUUCUACAGAAAGACUUGCCACCCGCUGUUCAGGAUUUUUUAAAACUCUUUAUAAAUAAACCAUAGAUUUGACUUUUAAACAACUACAUUGUCCACAGAAAAUCUAUUAAAACUUAAUUUCGUGUGUCAAAAUAUUGUGAUCAAAAAAUUUCAUAGACUUUCUCCUUUGAACGUUACUAUUAAUAAUUGCGUCAUGACCAAAUACAACCAGAAACAAUUGUUCAGUCUUUUUUGUGAAAGUUAAUUCCUCGCGACCUGUUUUCAAUUGGCUGAGCAGCGCACGAAACAGGCAUUUUCUCAAUUCUCAAGUUGCCCUCUGCAUUAUGGCGGCGCCUUACGCAUUAUUACGGCGUACGACAUGUAUGACGUCAUUGACAUUAUUUAAAGCAAAAAGUGACUCUAAAAAAAUAUAACACCAAGCGAUGUGUAAUUGCUUUGCAUCUCCUUUCGAAUACAAGUUUCAAAUUACUAGACAAAAAAUGAU